ACGGGAACCAAAGUAGAAAAGGAACCAGUCCGAAAGGAAAAGAAGUCGCCAUUUUUACAAAGUUUGACUAUUUUUGACAAUUUUCCCGUUGUAUAGAGACAACAAAGUAUAAAACUGAGUUUUUGUUUAUCUUCUAAUUUGAAACUACGAUACAAGAUCAAAAUGUCUUACGAUCGAGUUGAUUACUCGGACAAAGCACAUUUCAGUUCACCUUCGGAUGAGCACCACUACUCGGAUGACCCAGUGAGAAAUGGUACUAGGAAUGGAAAUGGCAUAUACAAUGACUAUACAGUAGAACUCAAACCAAAACCAUACAGAAAUUCAAUUAAAGUUCUUUGUUGUGAGUGUAAAAACACAAAGCGUGUUAAAUUUAUAAUGGCAGGGGCUGUUGUUGUGUUUCUGCUGGCACUCAUCUUGAUCAUUAUUUCAGCUAUUGCUCACCAUAAACAACAGCAGGCCAACAAGGGAUCCCCAGCAUAUGGGCUGUUUGCAUAUGGUCCAGAUAAGAAUGGUUUGAUAAGCUUCAGUCCACGUGAUCAUAUGACAUACAUGAAUUACUUCAACAGACUUGAAUCAAGUCUUGCAGACUACAGCACUCUGAGACAAUCAGCAAACCUAGACAGGUACAUACAUUGUGAUGAUAAUACUACUAAAGUACCACACGGUAAAGUUUGCAUGCUGACCAUGGAAAAAUUUGGAGAUAAUUGCCAACAUUUUGACAUGUAUGGUAUCAACGAGGAGCGACCUUGCGUUCUGCUGGUUUUGAAACCUGAUGAUAACAUCACACCUCAGCCAUUUGACUUCACUGAUGGUAAAAAUGCUGAUAUAAAGGAGAAGAUUGGGGAUAGGUUCUCCAGUAAGAGUGUAGCUGUGAGUUGUGAGGGGAAGACAGCCAAAGAUCAAGCUCUAAUGAUGAGAGAUAAUUACACGGCUAUGGUUGAUUAUAAUCCUCCAAAAGGUUUUCCCUUGUUUUACUUCCUGGAGAGAGAGGCAGAUGGCUACUUGUACCCGGCAGUGAUGGUUCAGUUCAACACAGUCCCACCAAACACUCAGGUUAACAUUGUUUGUACAGCGUGGGCAAAAAAUUUUAACAACGGUCAGCCACAGAGCAGUCAGAAAUACUCCACAGAGUUUGCUAUCCUCUUGAAAUAAUAAUACAUGAAAUAUCAACUCCUUUCAGUCAGAAAGGCAAAUAAGUGUUGUUUAUAAAAUGCUGAUAAGCCUUUCUGGCUGUGAUGUAAUUGCUGCUCAUUAGGAUUUUCACAUUCCAAACAUGCCCAAUACUUGACAUUUUGAACUAAUGAAAUAUGUACAUGGAUGGGUAUAUGAGAAUUGAUCCUAAUUUUUCAUAAACAUUCCAUUUAUAUUUUUUCAUUGUAAAUUUGUUUUUUUCAUUAUCUGAAAAAAUUCAAAAAUUUAUGUAAAGGAAAGGUUGUUAAAAUUUUAAUGAUUUAAAAAGGAAAAUACAUAUCUUUGUUAUAUAAUUUGUUGCGAAUUUUGAGCUUGAUUAUUUGGAGAAAAGUAGGGCUAUCCUACAAACACAGACUUUAAAUGUAACACUUUGGUUUAAGUUUUAUAUGCCACUUAUUUGUACAGCAUAUUAUAUCUCAUCAACCAUUCAUGGUUUUGCUUUAUACACGUAAUUUUGAGAUCAUUAUACACUAUCAUAGUUCCAUAUCACUUGACAUGGAUUAUGACUGAAUUAUGGCCAAAACUACUGAGGGUAAUUACUUGAAUCUUAAUGCAUGUUUUUGUGACUGUAACUGGAUGUUACUAUCACUUUGACAUACUUGUAGAUUUUGACUGAAUUAUGGCCAUUUGUGAACUUGAAAAUUCUUGAAUAAAGUUAAGAAAUUUACUUGAAACUUAAUUUCAUGCCUUUGUGACCAUAUCUGAUAGCUCUGAUAUGCAUAUUGGCUUAAUUUAUGAAAAUUAAAAAAUUCUUACAGUGUUUAAGCUUUUGCAUUCAAAACUACUAAAGAUAUUCAUUUGAAACCAGGAUUUUGAUUGAUAGAUGGUCCUUUAUCAAAUUACAAAAUUAUUUAGGCAAUAUUUAAGACUCAUAAUUAUGACAUGUAUUUUAUUAUAAUGAAAUCCUUCUCUAAAAAUGUUAAGUAUUAUAUUAUGCAGACUAUUGUUUUACUAUCAAGCACUGAGAAUAGUUGAGCAUGCUGUUGUACUGGCAGUUCUUGUUUCUUAAUGUACCGGUACAUUGUUAAAUUGUUAUAGUUUUUUCUAUAAUGAUUCAUAUAUUUUCAUGGUUGUGACUUUUAUACUGUUGUUAUAUGAAAUAUAUCCUAUUUCAGAGCUACACAAUUAGAAUGAGAAAUAGAUGUAGGACUUCUGUAUUGAGUCAGUGAGAUUAAGGUUUUGCGUUUUUAUAGAAUCUUAAGUUAUAAGUGGCUUAAUCUUUAUAGUGGACUUGUCUUGAUUUGAAAAUCAAAACGGUCUGUUAUUUAUGUGAGAGAUCUUUGUAUAAAAAAAUCUGUUUAUAGUGUGUUAAAAUUGGAUAUGCAAGCUGAUAUUGCUUAUACACUGGUUUCAUAGUCAAAAUUAAGUUGGCUUUCAGACUUUCACUUGCCCUUCACUGGUGUAGGUUUGAGUCCUGUCAGGGUAAUUGGAUUCUUUCAGGUGAGGUAGCUCUUCUCAGGUGCCAGUUUGUGCCUGAAAUAAUUCAUGAACAGGCACCUGAGGUCUUCCUUCUUCAUUAAAGCUGGAAAGUCGCCGUGUGACCUUUGCAGUAUCUGUGUGACUUGCAUUCAAACAAAACAAACAUACAAAAUUUGAGCUUCGUCACGACAAAACCAAAAGACUGCGCGGAUGGGCAGGCUGGUCUGGAUCCAUGCUGGUUGCAAACCCAUUAUGUUGGUUUUGUUGUGACGCGGCUCACAUAUUCAUAUUCGCAUGUCUAUUCUAACUACCUGAUUUUAUAUGCACUAUAAAAGUUCUUCUACUGCUAGCUCAAUGCAGCAGUUUUAUUUUGGCCCUAGGGGAUAUGUGAAAAUUUGCUGUGCAAGGACAUUCUUGUUGACUUUUACUUUACAAGGUCCCUGCAGAACUAGGAUUUACCUUGGGCAUGAAAAUCAAAAAGUCCCCACUAUUUUCUCUCUGGGGGUGACCUAAUUACAAUUGAAUGGAGCCUUACCUUGCACAUGACUUUUGUUUCAUCUGUCAGACUAUCUAUACAAUAUUAAAGUGUAAGGGUGAAGUUUGAAGUACUUCAAAGAAGUUAUAGUACAGUGAAGAAAUUUUAUAAAUGCAUUGGUUACUUAAUCUCAAAGCUAAAACUGUUAGUGUACAGUUCACUAGUCAACCAGUAGUAUGCGAAUAAUUGUUGUAUAUACAUUCUGUUUAUAAUAUAACACUUUAUGUUAAAUGUGCUAUACUUUCCAGUAUACUUAAUAUGCUAAUCCUUGAAGAAAUUUUGAUUUAAUUAAUGCAUAUCUAAAUUUUAUUUGUUUCUUGUAUGAUUAAAAUGUAUGAUUUUUUCAUAAUGGUUAUAUAUGAAAUACUUUGCUGUUAAAUAGACUUUCAGAUUUAAGUCAGUUUGUUUGCUUGAAUUUCCUUCAUGCAAUUUUAUCUGUAUGUAUCACAUGUAUAACUAGUUAAGAUAAAUCAUGUAAAAAAAUGUACCAAAAGGAAAGAUUUGUUGAAAAAAGGGCUUUUAUAUUCCUUGCUUUUCCCUUUAUAAACAUAGAUUAUACAGGAUAUUUGUUUACUAUUAUGUAUGUUUUCUCUCUGAAAACUUGACCAUGUCUGAACAUAAAUUUCAUAUCAUAAUUUUUUUGCCAGAAUAUGUGGGUCUGCUAAUAACUGACAGCUUGUUUAAAGCAUUGAAAAUUUAUUCCCAGUUGUAUGAUAAGAUUCUUUUGUCAUUCAAAACCUGCAAAAUUAUGUGAAAUCUGUCAGUAAUACUUCAUACCUAAGAUCAAAAAAUGUUUUAGAAUCUCACUUGUUUUGUACAAAACAAUACAAAU